CUUGUAGUCUUGUUCCUCCUCGGCGAAUCCUCGGAACUGCCGACCGCACUACCGCAGCCGGGAUGGGGAAAGCGGCGGGAAUUCGUUUCACCACCUGAGACGAGGGGCGGCGGGAAGUCGGUCGGAGAGCACUCGCUUGGCGGCGACCGCGGAGCUCGCCUGAUCCUAAUCGCGCUCCGGGAUCUGGUAGCUCAGCUGCCUUGGCAUUGGGUGCUCACUAUGGUUACUGGAGAAACCAGUUCAAAGAGGCAAAUCAAUGAGGAAUGCAUCAUAAACUGCCUCCCAGUAGACCUCAUUGAGCGGAUAUUUUUUAGGCUUCCAGUUAGCACUCUGUUGAGGUGCGCAGGUGUCUGCAAGCACUGGUACAACUUUAUCCGGGAUCCCCUGUUUGUCGCAUCACACCUCCAGAAUGCGCACCGUUAUACCCUUAUGUUCUUCCCACAAGGUUUGGUUUCAGGCGAGCCCCAUCCUAGUGAUGCUAUCCUAAUUGACGAAGCCUGGUCGCUGUCUACAUAUGCAGUGCCAGUGAUUGGGCCUGACGAUCUCCUCUUUGGUUCGUGCAAUGGUCUUCUUGGCUUAUACACAAAGACAUCAACAAUCAAGAUAGCUAACUUUGCAACUGGUGAAUGCAUGCAUCUUGCUAAACCUGGCAAGAAUAUGAGAGGUGAUCACUUUACUUUCUACAGCUUUGGAUUUCAUCCUGUGACAAAAGAAUACAAGAUUACACACUUCCUUGGUGACUGCGUUGAGGGUCGCCCCCGUAAUAAAGAUAAGUUUAGUAUUAUUCAAGUUUACACGCUUGGUGAUGAGAAAUGGAAAGAUAUCCCAACACCAGAAACUCUUAGCUUGAACACUGUUAGGAACUCUGGGGUUGUCAAUGUCAAUGGAACAAUGUAUUGGUUAACUGAAGAUAUGAUAGCUAGCUGGCAGCAUGCAGUUAUGUCCUUUGAUCUCAGGGAAGAAAGUUUUGCGAUCAUAGCACUGCCAGCAGCACGUGAAGAUCAUGAUCAUUAUGGCCCUCGUAAGUUUUGGAUCAGAGAUAUAGAUGGGAAAUUGUGUAUGGUUACUGCUCAAACCCGUCGUUAUGAUGCCAGAUCUCUUGUUGGGGAGCUACAGAUCUGGACACUUGACAACAUGGCAGAGCAAAGGUGGAGCCAGAAGUACAAUAUUAAGAAUCCACCAAAUUACAUUCCAGGUCCACAUUUUGUUCACUGGGAUAGGAUCCUCACACAAUUGAGCAGCAGCGACGUAGAUUCGUCUGAAUUGAUUGGUGAGAACAUUGAGAUUAGCUUCAGUAAGAUGGAAGAGCUGUUAGAUGUCAGCCCCCGUAAGCUGUACAACAUGCAAUCCUACAUCUGUGUGAAGUCACUUGUAUGUUUAGAUGUAUACAAGAAGGCUAGCAUUGUGCGUAGACCAAAACAGCAAGUAGGCUGGCAAUUGAAGAAGUGGGAGGCAUGGGAGCAUAAUCUUCGCGAGCUAGAGAAGUUGUGGGGCCACAGCCAAAAACAGGAGCAUCACUUAUCUAAAAAAUUGUUAAAAAGUAUCAGCCUUUCACAGAUAAGUUUCAUGCCAUAUCUGAACAUCUACUCACAAUACGCAAUCAGGUGUUGCAGCACAAGCCAGAAAAUCUCAAUCAGGGUAAAUCAACCGCUAACGUUUCUUCCAGUGACGAUAAGAAGAACGAAUAAGAGAACCUUCCAUCUUGAACUUAGUUUUUUCGGGCACAUCUUGUUCCUGCCUGAAUUUCUUCCUGAGGGGUUUGUAAAUUCUGUGACGAGGAGACUCUUGCUCCCUUGGACUGGAUAUGUGCAACCAUUGUCUGUGCACUGAGUCGGCUUGUUCCAUUAGUUUGCUUGUCAUUGCAUUGCACUUUCAGCCUUUCAGUUCUCUCGUCCGUACAACAGCCCAGCACACAAUGCUGCUCUUCCGAGGGAUCCAACUGGAAUGGCGACCUUUGGCUGAAACAGAAAUAGUCGUUUUAUGUUUUAUUUUGUGAACACAUUGCAAGCAGUUUUCCAUUUUAAAACUUAAGAUGCAGCAAACGCCAUACUGGCUUUCCGUUCUACUAUUGUUUUAUAUAUGCACUUGGUAUUGUAAAUUAAUAUCUACCAACGUUUA